AAUCAAAAUCGAUGAACAUUUCAUUAAUCGAUUCAUUGCAAAACUUUACGAAUAAUUUAUCAUCAACAAUAAUGUAUCCAUUCAUGACACCAACAUCAUAUACGACAAACAUAUCAUCAUCAUCAUCAUCAUCAUUAUCAUCACCAUCGAUGAUGAUCAAUACAACAAUGGCUAAAAUGGUGACCACAACUCAAGAUGAUGAUAAUAAUGGAAUUUUCAUACCAUUAUCAUCAUCGAUAUCAUAUCAACAUCAACAACAACAUCAUCAUCAUCAUCAUCAACAACAGCAACAGCAACAAGAUGAAUCAAUAUCAUCAUCGAUUGCAUUGACACCAUCAAUGAAUCUAACAUUUACAUCCGGUACAAUUGAUGAAUUACAAACAAUGGUUGAUGAAUCAGUAUUUUCAUUAUGGACAUUUGAAUAUAUUUCUAUUAUCAUUUUCUAUUCAUUAAUCAUAUUGGUCGGUCUAACUGGUAAUCUACUUGUUUGUCGUGUUGCAUUCGGCACAAGACAAAUGCGUACGACAACAAAUUUAUUGAUUGCAUCACUUGCCUGUUCCGAUAUCGUUAUGAUCGUGUUCAACAUUCCAUUCAAUGUUGUACGAAUGUUACCGAUUAGUUGGCCAUUUUGGUCAGCAUUAUGUAUAUUGGCACCAUUGAUACAAUAUUCAUGUGUUUAUGUAUCAACAUUCACAAUGACAUUGAUAGCAUUACAUCGGUUAUGGAUGGUAAGGCAAAGAUCAGCAACAAAUACGGAAAAAAAUUCAUGGAAAAAAGUAGCAUUAAUGGUAAUGGGUAUAUGGUUGAUUGCAAUCACAUUAUCAAUACCGCAUGCAUCAUUUAAUCGUGUAAAAGAAAAACGUUAUUAUGGCCGUCUACUAUAUCGUUGCAGUAUACAAUAUCCAAAUGUAUCAUUCAAUUUUCCGCUAUUGAUGACUGUUGAAGUAUUGAUUACCCAAUAUCUAUUACCAUUAUCGAUUACAUUGAUUGUUUAUGUUAAAAUUGGCAUCGUAAUAGCAAGGCAAGGUGCUUUGAUCUGUAAAUUAAGUGAUGAACGUAAACGUCGUCAAUCGGAAGCAAAACGUCGUCGGAUAUUUAUGUUGGCAUUAGCUGUCGCUACAUUUGCAACGUGUUGGGCACCAAUUAAUCUUUAUAUUCUAUUAGUCGAUAUGCGUUCAGUGAAAUUCAAUCAAGUUGCAUUCAUUAUGUGCCAUUGGUUUGCAAUGUCUUCAGUUUGUUACAAUCCAAUCAUAUAUUGUUGGUUGAAUGAAAAAUUUCGUAAUGGUGCCCUACAAUCAUUGCGUACGAUAUUGGAAUUUGCUCAUAUUCAUUUCAUGGCUAAAAAUUCAAAUUUAACGAUUAAUAAUAACGAUAAUAAUAAUAUGAUGAUGACAUGGACAACAACAACAGCAACCAAUUACACAGAUAAAUAA